AUGAGCAUGAAUCGAGAUUUUUCCCGCAUAACAGUAGUUCGUAUGUCUCAUAAGCAAUCUUUAAAACGUUGGCAUUCCGAAAGACAACACAGUAAACAACAUCUUCAUUCAAAUCGAUCAAAACGGCGACAUUGGAAAAAACGUCAUUCUAAUGUUAUACAUCAAUUAAGUUCGAAUAGUACUUGUUUUUCUAAUCGAUCAAUACGUCAUCGUUCAGCAUUAUCAUUAAAUACGAGUCAGACGAUCAUCAAUGGGGAACAAAAUAAUAUUAAUCUUGAAAUACAAGCAAAUCGAAAUUCUAUAGAAACAAAAAAAGAAAAAAAUCAAUCGAAUUUAUCUAAUCUUGUUCAAGAUUGUCUUCCUAUUAAUUCAAUUAUUGAUUCAACAGCAUAUUUUGAUAUGUCUAAUACUCAUCGAUUCUUAAGUCGUAAUCAUCAAAUAAAUCCUAUUAACAGUGAAGAUUUGUUUAAAAAUGAUUUUAUAAUAAAUAGUGAUGAAAGGAAUCGAAAAAAAAAGAAGAAAAAGAAAUGUAAUCUAUCGCUAUGUAAACUUAGUUUGUGUAUACUUAUUUCAUUCUUAAUCAUUGGAUGUAUUAUUGGUGUACUUGUAUAUGUAAUUAGUCGAUCACAAAAUUCAAUAAACACAGACACAACUACUUUAUCGUCAAUUGCAACAACCACUCAAACUUCUGUAUGUACAACUGGUGGUAUUACAUGUCCAACACCGUUGUUAACUUGGAGUAGAACAAAUAACUGUAGCAAGUCAUCAUCAUCAUAUGAGCAUUAUACGUGUUGUUAUCAAGCAGUAUCAACUCAAUUAACGAUUCGAUUUAAACUUCAAGAACAAGUUAAUCACUGGCAUAUUGACGAUGUCAGUAUGACACAGGGUAAUGGUGAACUUAUAAUUAAUGGUGGUUUUGAAUCGAAUUUAACUGGAUGGACAGUAAUACCUUCAACGAAUCUUUCAGUAACAUCUUAUGCAUUUAUUGCACCAGGUGCAGCACAUUCUGGUUUAGCGUAUCUUUAUUCAGAAGCAACAUCUUCACCCGAUUAUAUAAAACAAACUGUUAGUGUUGUUCAAGGUCAAAAUGUGAAUAUUAGUUUCUGGUGGUUCGAUGAAGGUGGUGUUAGUGGCCCAUCUGAUAUAUGUGAAGGAACUGUAACACUUAUUCCUUAG